UUGCCUUAUUUUCUAUUGUGUACUGGUCAACCUGGAACGCUCAAAAUAGAUCUGAAGCUCCUUGAAGGCAAGAACCCGGCACACAGAAUGCGCGGACGAAGGAGGCUGAUUUAUGGAAAAUAAAGCGAAGGUCUUCAAUGUCAGCCUCGGCUGCGCCUGGCAGGUGCUGUCCGCGGAGCACGGCCCCCGCCCAGGCCCCUCUCGCUCCCCACGCGAGCAGCCCUCCCUCCUUGCUGUUCCCCGCUGCGGCCAGGAGGAGGCGCCACGGACACGGGCUAAGCCUUUCCCCUUCCUACCCCGCUUCCCCGCACAUGACGUGGGAAGCUGCCUCCGCCAGAGUCUUAGCAAUAGGAGUGAGGGGGUGAAGGGGUUUGGGGGUGGGCAGGGGUGGGGGGUUGGAGAAAGAGGACGCGCACAGUCUGGGAGCAGAAGCAUCUUCCUUGUUCGCGGGUUUCUCCUCCCUCCACAGUCCGCGUGUGCGAGGAAAUCUCGGGGCUCCGCUCUAUCGAAAGUGCUCUCUGGGUGAUUCUCGAUCACCGCAACCCAGAAGUGCUGGCGUCCGAAUGCAUUUUCCUUUUGCUUUGCAAAGAAGAGCCGUGAACUUCAAAACCUCCGAGACGGGGAGACGGGUCAUUAAUCCUGCUUUGCAGAGGAAGAAAACCCUCAAUCCCCCCGCCACCGGCCACCGCUCCCCGGAGACUCUGCCCCGGCGGAGGCGCUCCGAGCCGGAAGGGGACGCUUUGGGAAUGACCAUGCUCCAAGAAGGGACGGAGCCGGCCCCCAGCUUCUCUACACAGAGCCUUCUCUACUAAAGCUCCAAAAACCAAAACCCGUAAUUGCCUGAAGAAUCCUUAAAAUAUAUACAGUACCAGCCACUAACCUCACAUGCAAACGGAAUAAUUACUCUGGAUUCUGCAUGGUGAGCUGCUCUCCAUACCCUGAAUUACCUUUGAAUUAAAUCCUUUUUAUUUGAAUUUGCAUCCUUCAAGACACAAGAUUAAAACAAAAUUUACGCUAAAUUGGAUUUUAAAUUAUCUUCCGUUCAUUUAUCCUUCAUCUCUCCUAUGUGGAUAUGCAAGCGAGAAGAGGAGACUGGACAUUCCCAACAUGCUCACUCCCUUAAUCUGUCCGUCUAGAGGUUUGGCUUCUACAAACCAAGGGAGUCGACAAGUUAAAGAUGAAGCCCAGAGCAGAGUGCUGUUCUCCCAAGUUCUGGUUGGUGUUGGCCGUCCUGGUCGUGUCAGGCAGCAGAGCCCGUUCUCAGAAGAGCCCCCCGAGCAUUGGCAUUGCUGUCAUCCUCGUGGGCACUUCAGACGAGGUGGCCAUCAAAGAUGCCCACGAGAAAGAUGAUUUCCACCAUCUCUCCGUGGUGCCCCGAGUGGAGCUGGUAGCCAUGAAUGAGACCGACCCAAAGAGCAUCAUCACCCGCAUCUGUGAUCUCAUGUCUGACCGGAAGAUCCAGGGUGUGGUCUUUGCUGAUGACACAGACCAGGAAGCCAUAGCCCAGAUCCUUGAUUUCAUCUCUGCUCAGACUCUGACCCCUAUCCUGGGCAUCCACGGGGGCUCCUCCAUGAUAAUGGCAGAUAAGGACGAAUCCUCUAUGUUCUUCCAGUUUGGCCCAUCAAUUGAACAGCAAGCUUCUGUAAUGCUCAACAUCAUGGAAGAAUACGACUGGUACAUCUUUUCUAUUGUCACCACCUACUUCCCUGGCUACCAGGACUUUGUAAACAAGAUCCGCAGUACCAUUGAGAACAGCUUCGUGGGCUGGGAGCUAGAGGAAGUCCUCCUACUGGACAUGUCCCUGGAUGAUGGAGAUUCUAAGAUCCAGAACCAGCUCAAGAAACUUCAGAGCCCCAUCAUUCUUCUUUACUGUACCAAGGAAGAAGCUACCUACAUCUUUGAAGUGGCUAACUCAGUAGGGCUGACUGGCUAUGGCUACACAUGGAUUGUGCCUAGUCUGGUGGCAGGGGAUACAGACACAGUGCCCUCAGAGUUCCCUACUGGGCUCAUCUCUGUAUCAUAUGAUGAAUGGGACUAUGGCCUGCCCGCCAGAGUGAGAGACGGGAUUGCCAUCAUCACCACCGCUGCUUCCGACAUGCUGUCUGAGCACAGCUUCAUCCCUGAACCCAAAAGCAGUUGUUACAACACCCACGAGAAGAGAAUCUACCAGUCAAAUAUGCUCAAUAGGUAUCUGAUCAAUGUCACUUUUGAGGGGAGAAAUCUAUCCUUCAGUGAAGAUGGCUACCAGAUGCACCCGAAACUGGUGAUAAUACUUCUGAACAAGGAGAGAAAGUGGGAGAGGGUGGGGAAGUGGAAAGACAAGUCGCUGCAGAUGAAGUAUUAUGUGUGGCCCCGAAUGUCUCCAGAGACAGAGGAGCAGGAGGAUGACCACCUGAGCAUUGUAACCCUGGAGGAAGCACCGUUUGUCAUUGUGGAAAGUGUGGACCCUCUGAGCGGAACCUGCAUGAGGAACACAGUCCCCUGCCAAAAACGCAUCAUCUCUGAGAAUAAAACAGAUGAGGAGCCAGGCUACAUCAAAAAAUGCUGCAAGGGAUUCUGUAUAGACAUCCUUAAGAAAAUUUCUAAAUCUGUGAAAUUCACCUAUGACCUUUACCUGGUGACCAAUGGCAAGCACGGCAAGAAGAUCAAUGGAACGUGGAAUGGUAUGAUUGGAGAGGUGGUCAUGAAGAGGGCCUACAUGGCGGUGGGAUCACUCACUAUCAAUGAGGAGCGCUCGGAGGUGGUGGACUUCUCUGUACCCUUCAUAGAGACUGGCAUCAGUGUCAUGGUGUCACGCAGCAAUGGGACUGUCUCACCUUCUGCCUUCUUAGAGCCAUUCAGUGCUGACGUAUGGGUCAUGAUGUUUGUGAUGCUGCUCAUCGUCUCAGCCGUGGCUGUCUUUGUCUUUGAAUACUUCAGCCCUGUGGGUUAUAACAGGUGCCUCGCUGAUGGCAGAGAGCCAGGCGGCCCAUCUUUCACCAUCGGCAAAGCUAUUUGGUUACUCUGGGGUCUGGUGUUUAACAACUCCGUACCUGUGCAGAACCCAAAGGGGACCACGUCCAAGAUCAUGGUGUCCGUGUGGGCCUUCUUUGCUGUCAUUUUCCUGGCCAGCUACACUGCCAACUUAGCUGCCUUCAUGAUCCAAGAAGAGUAUGUGGACCAGGUUUCUGGCCUGAGUGACAAAAAGUUCCAGAGACCUAAUGACUUCUCCCCCCCUUUUCGCUUUGGGACUGUGCCCAAUGGUAGCACAGAGAGGAACAUUCGCAAUAACUACGCAGAAAUGCACGCCUACAUGGGAAAGUUCAACCAGAGGGGUGUAGAUGAUGCGUUGCUCUCCCUGAAAACAGGGAAACUGGAUGCCUUCAUCUACGAUGCUGCAGUGCUGAACUACAUGGCGGGCAGAGAUGAAGGCUGCAAGCUGGUGACCAUCGGGAGCGGCAAGGUCUUUGCUUCCACUGGUUAUGGCAUUGCCAUCCAGAAAGACUCUGGGUGGAAGCGCCAGGUGGACCUUGCUAUCCUGCAGCUGUUUGGAGAUGGGGAGAUGGAAGAACUGGAAGCUCUCUGGCUCACUGGCAUUUGCCACAAUGAGAAGAAUGAGGUCAUGAGCAGCCAGCUGGACAUUGACAACAUGGCGGGCGUCUUCUACAUGUUGGGGGCAGCCAUGGCUCUCAGCCUUAUCACCUUCAUCUGUGAACAUCUUUUCUAUUGGCAAUUCCGGCACUGCUUUAUGGGGGUCUGUUCUGGCAAGCCUGGCAUGGUCUUCUCCAUCAGCAGAGGCAUCUACAGCUGCAUCCACGGAGUGGCUAUCGAGGAGCGCCAGUCCGUGAUGAAUUCCCCCACUGCGACCAUGAACAACACGCACUCCAACAUCCUGCGCCUGCUGCGCACGGCCAAGAACAUGGCCAACCUGUCUGGCGUGAACGGCUCCCCGCAGAGCGCCCUGGACUUCAUCCGCCGGGAGUCCUCGGUCUAUGACAUCUCCGAGCACCGCCGCAGCUUCACGCACUCAGACUGCAAGUCCUACAACAACCCUCCCUGCGAGGAAAACCUCUUCAGUGACUACAUCAGCGAGGUGGAGCGAACUUUCGGCAACCUGCAGCUGAAGGACAGCAACGUGUACCAAGACCACUACCACCACCACCACCGGCCGCACAGCAUCGGCAGCACCAGCUCCAUCGACGGGCUCUACGACUGCGACAACCCACCCUUCACCACCCAGCCCAGGUCCCUCGGCAAGAAGCCGCUGGACAUCGGCCUGCCCUCCUCCAAACACAGCCAGCUGAGUGACCUGUACGGCAAGUUCUCCUUCAAGAGUGACCGCUACGGCGGCCACGACGACCUGAUCCGCUCAGAUGUCUCGGACAUCUCCACGCACACGGUCACCUACGGCAACAUUGAGGGCAACGCAGCCAAGCGGCGCAAGCAGCAGUACAAGGACAGCCUGAAGAAGCGGCCGGCCUCGGCCAAGUCCAGGCGCGAGUUCGACGAGAUCGAGCUCGCCUACCGCCGGCGGCCGGCCCGCUCCCCGGACCACAAGCGCUGCUUCAGGGACAAGGAGGGGCUGCGGGACUUCUACCUGGACCAGUUUCGAACCAAGGAGAACUCGCCCCACUGGGAACACGUGGAUCUGACCGACAUCUACAAGGAGCGGAGCGAUGACUUCAAGCGCGACCCGCUGGGCGGAGGAGGGCCCUGCGCCAACCGCUCUCACCUCAAACACGGGGCGGGCGACAAACAUGGCGUGGUCGGCGGGGUGCCGGCGCCCUGGGAGAACAACCUGACCAGCGUGGACUGGGAGGACCGGGCCGGGGCCAACUUCUGCCGCAGCUGCCCCUCCAAGCUGCACAACUACUCCGCCGUGGCGGGCCAGAACUCGGGCCGGCAGGCGUGCAUCCGGUGCGAGGCCUGCAAGAAGGCGGGCAACCUGUACGACAUCAGCGAGGACAACUCCCUGCAGGAGCUGGACCAGCCGGCGGCCCCGGUGGCGGUGGCGUCGAACGCGGCCAGCGCCAAGUACCCGCAGAGCCCGACCAAUGCCAAGGCGCAGAAGAAGAGCCGCAACAAGCUGCGCCGGCAGCACUCCUACGACACCUUCGUGGACCUGCAGAAGGAAGAAGCCGCCUUGGCCCCGCGCAGCGUGAGCCUGAAAGACAAGGGCCGCUUCGUGGAUGGCAGCCCCUACGCCCACAUGUUUGAGAUGCCCGCCGGUGACGGCACCUUUGCCAACAGCAAGUCCUCGGUGCCCGCUGCCGGACACCACCACCACAACAACCCUGGCGGAGGCUACAUGCUCAGCAAGUCGCUCUACCCCGACCGGGUCACGCAAAACCCUUUCAUCCCCACUUUUGGGGACGACCAGUGCUUGCUCCAUGGCAGCAAAUCCUACUUCUUCAGGCAGCCCACGGUGGCAGGUGCGUCGAAAGCCAGGCCAGACUUCCGGGCCCUUGUCACCAACAAGCCGAUGGUCUCGGCCCUGCACGGGGCUGUGCCAGGCCGUUUCCAGAAGGACAUCUGUAUAGGGAACCAGUCCAACCCCUGUGUGCCUAACAACAAAAACCCCAGGGCUUUCAAUGGCUCCAGCAAUGGGCAUGUUUAUGAGAAACUUUCUAGUAUCGAGUCCGAUGUCUGAGUGAGGGAAGAGAGAGGUUACGGUGGGCAUGGGAGGGGCAGGGCUGUGGGCCCCGUGGUGCGCAUGUCACAGGGGGGUCGGGGAUGAACUUGGUUCCCAUUUGCUCCUUUCUUCUUCUUUUACUUUAUUUACGGGAUCCUGGAGUUCUGCUUCCUACUGAAGGCAACCCUGGUGACUAGCACCAUCUCUCUUCCCUUUCACAGCCCUCCCUUCCUCCCCUCAUCUGUCUGCCAUUUCUGGUCCCUUGCGAGAGGCCGAAGCAGGCCCUCAGCACAGGACGGAGGAGGGGAGCAAGGGCGCACUCUGGGGGAGAGAGUCUUCCUAACACAGACAAGCUCUUUGCCGGGCACUCUGAGGGAGGCCAGGAGGAGCGCAGGGCCGCGUGACCACAGGAUUAGCUUUCCCCAAACUGAUCUUCUCAUUUAGACGGGGGAGCAAAAGUAUUCAAGUGAUACCAGCCAGCAUCCAGUUGUGAAUGGAAAGAGCCUUUUGCUAAAUUCUUAUUGUAUAGACGACAACUGCCUAGAGUUGUGUGGCCAGCAGAAGGUGAGAGACCAUGCAUGUUUAUAUAUAAGCCAAAAAAAGAGAUGUUUGCUUCAGCUCCAUGAGACUCAUUUGUGGUGAACUGGAGUGAAAGGUCAUUGGUGGAUGAGUGGAUUCCUGAGCAGACUGGAGAGUUCACUUUGAUGGUGUUCCAUGGUGUGUUGGAAGCCAGGGCAGGGGAUCGUGUGGGCGUGUGUGUCUGGGUACACUUGCACAUACCUGCGGCGGGUGCCUCUAAAUUCAUACCUUGACUCCUUGUAUUGUUUUUCGCCCUAUCCCUGUGCAAUGUGCUUGUUUUGGCUUAUAUACAAACGGAGAUGGUCAUAUGCUACCCAAAUGUUGGCUGUCUUCCCCUUCACCUUCCUGAAUAGGAAGAAUGGAAGUUCUUGACAAAGAUUGUGUACUGGAGACAAAACAUAUAUAUAUAAGAAGAAGAAAUGAGACGAUCUUACAAAAGCAAGGUACAAAAAUUAUUUUUCAGUGAUUGCCAAUGGUUUCAACCAGUUUAGGCCAAGAACUUUCUAGGAAGUUUAUAGGGAAAGAGAAGCAGCCAUGAUUCUUUUGCCCACACUUCAGGGCAAAAGAUUCUAUAAAGUUCUUUGAGCUUUUAGACCCUUGACUGGCCAAGGUUUGGGGAGUCACUCAGUAACACUUUGAAGAACAGGGGAGUCCUGGGUGUAGGGUAAGUGAGAGAGGGGGAUGUUUUCAAUGCUUUGAUCCCUUCUUACUUAACCCGGAGCUAGAAGAACAGGCCUCUUUUGCCUGAAGUGAUGACAACAGAUAAGGGGGAACAGACAGUAAGAGAAAUGAGCCCCCUGAGCACAGCACAGGAAGCCUGGAGAGAAGGGAAGAGAUUUAGAAGUGGGAGAAGACUGACAGGAGACAUUCUCCCGCCACCUCCCUGGGCCUGACUCCCUGGAAGUGUGACUUGCGCCCGAUGUGAGCACUCUUGGUAGAUGCCCUCCUACCCUCCUGUAACACCUCGGGUCCCUCUCACACUGUACUAUUCAAAAGUAAAUAUAUUUGUGUGUGUGUGUGUGUGCGUGUGUGUGUGCACAUGAAAGUCCAGGGAUGAGGGUACUGGCAGACAUGUGCCCUCUUCACUUCAAGUUGGGAAAUUGGGAAGGGAAAGGAAUAUCUGUCACUAUCGGUCCUCUAACUUGGGGUAGGGUUGUUCUAUGGGUCUGUCCCACUGUCCUGCCAUCCUCCCCUCACUCAGGGUGGCGUCCAAAGAGCCCCGGGUCUGUCUGGAAGCUUGACUACAGGACCUGCCUUGUUGUACACAGGACACAUAGACCAGAAAGGUGCUCAUCCUCCUCUGGAAGAAAGCCACCAUGUCUCUUCACGUCCACCCUCCAAGGCUGCUCUUUGCCUUCCUGUCCGCCAUGCCUCGAGACCCUUCCUCAUUCCCUGCCCACCUCCUUGAGUUUACCUCAGUAUCUUUCAUUUUAAAGCCAACUGAAGGCCUUGUAAAGCUCUGUUUUCUUUCUAAAACAAACGUGGGGGCAAGGGGCUGAACCUCUCACGGGUUUGGAGAGAGGAGCACGGAGUGCUUUACCUUAGAUUCAAGGAAAGACUUUGAGAGAGAGGACAGAGGGUGUGAGGCGUCUCCAGGAGGAAGAAGGAGAAGGGCCAUAGAAACAUUGCUUCACCCUGGCUCUGCCCAAGAGCCAGGAGUUCAUCCCCUCACUCUUCCUCUUACCUCACCCCUUAAAAAUAAAAAACCAAACCAACUAACCUAGCGAACAGCAAUCUAGAACACAGGGGGCUCUGUUGGUCUCCACUGGCGACUGAAAUCAAGAUGGUGUUUAUUUCAUAUGUAAAUAUUUUGUUUUCUAAUUAAUUUUGUAUAGAUAAGGUGUUCUCUUGUGAGUAUUCAGGGUGUUGGGCUGGAGGGAGUGGGGUGGGGAUGGGAAUGAAGGGGGAAAAGUGUUUUGUUAUGGUUUUCCAUUUUCCAUUGGGGGAAUUGUUUUGUAUGGCCUUUGCUUCAGGGUGUCUGGAGAAAGUGAAUGUGAACGCAAGUUACUAUGGUGAGAAAGCCAGGGGAAAGUAAAUUGUGUCAAUGCCCUUCCCCUCCUCUAAAGCUGUUCUUUUUACUGGUGUCUGAAAAAUGUUCAUCCACUGGGGCCUGGGGACCUCAGGCUCAGUUUGGCUCUAAGCGAACCGCGGUCUGACUCCUAUCUUCUAGGUAGACCAUAGGGGACCAGCACUCUAUAGAAGACAAGGUGUUGACACCAGAUUUUCCCUGUCAGUACCUAAGGUAGCAAAGGUUCCUAAACGGGCUUAAAACAGAACUGAGGUAAAACUAAGUUCCCCUCUUUGUUGUGGCUGCUCAGAAAGCUCAUUGCUGAGGAAUCUCUGAUAUUCAGUGACCAUUUCACCACUCUGACCCUUUUCUUCAUAAUCUCCCAGUCCCACCCAUAAAAAUCAGCACUGCAAGUCCACCCCAAAAAUGUCCUCUAACUCAGCUUUUUGAAGCAUGUAGUGUCUGGUUACAAAGAGAUGGUGCGGAUAUGGAUCUUUCGAAUUCGCACACUUUUCUAGAAGAGCUUCCCAGAUUGGCUCAAAACUCAUUGACUAGGUGAUUUCCUUAGAAACAUUGCUGAAGUUAAUUUUAGAGGUAGGAGGGUGAGAAUGUGAGGGGUGGUGAUGAUGGUGACUUUAUCUUUGCCUUGUUCUCAUUACUGCCAUCAGGAAGGUGCUAUUUGCUUCAAGUCAGGUGUUCAUAACCUGAUCUUGGGUAAACCAGACAGAAUUUCCUUCACUGGACUGUUGGCUUUGUGGAGGGCGGCAGACUCUCCCUCCCUCUCUUUACCAUGGGAUGAAAUUUCCAAAUCCACAUGCCUAGCAUAUUUCAUUUGUUCCUAUCCUCCUAUCAUGAGACGCUGUCAGCUGGAUAAUUUGAUUUUUCUGAACCCACUAUCUGACCCAAUUGAUCACUUUCCUUCAACUGGAUGUUUGAAUUGAGACCAAGUAAGACAUUCAUGGCCUUCUCAAGAAAGUUUAAGGAAAGGAAAGCUGGGCAUUGUCACAGUGUAUAAAUUACUUAACUCUAAAGUAACAAGCCAGUAAAAUGCAUGAGGAAGAAUUCAGCAGUAAGCCCCAUGUAUAUCACAGAUGCAAAUGGACCAAAACCUAAUCCAUCGAAAACUGUGAGAUUCUGUAGAUGCCCUCAGGAGCACCUGAUGUUCCAAUAUUCUUCAGAAUCCAUGAUUUCUCUUGUGUGCUCUUUAUCCUACCCCUCCAUUGCAGAAGUGGGUUGGUGGGUGUGGUCCUGCAUCUCUCCUUUCAAAGCAAUGCUGAACUCUCAGCAUUUCCAUGGACCUCAGUAAUCCAACUCUUGAAUUUGCCUGAAUCAAGAAUGUGCAUACCCUUCAAAGUGACUGGUGUACAGUGGACUUUGUCAUUUCAAGAGUUGUCACUGUGUGUCCUCAGCCAGAUCUUGGGAAGCAUCCUUACAAUGUAUUCCCCUGUCCUAGCCAUAGCCAUGUUGUGAUUUGGGGGAGGGAUCUCAAAUGAUUCCAUUAAAUGUUGGAGAUGUCAGUAGUGCUAAAACACAUGUGUAAUGUUAUCCAAUAGGAGUUGUCUAUACAGCUAAGUGAAUGUCACCCACCCAGUCCUUCAUGGCCAUCAGGAGCUGCCCAAGGGGGAAUUCUCUGCAGAGUGCUGGUCACCUGCACCUCUCACUUAAGAAAUAGGGUUUCUUUGCUUUUAGUUUUUGUUUGUUUUUUAAAGAAAUAUAAGAUAUAAGGUAAAAAUACCAGAUUGUUUGGGUAAUAGUUUUGGGAAAAGCUAUUCCUGAACUCACUUUAUUUUUUUUAAUCAUUGUCUUUCUAAAAAGGGCCUGUCAUUGCUUGGCACACUGUGUGUGUUGUUUUGGUAUGUUAGGAAUGACUCAUAUGUGUGCAUAAAUGAUGUAACUGUAGUGCUAUUGAUGAAUGCAGUAGGCAUUUCCAGUAUUGUGACCAUACCUUAUGUGCUCUCUGAGCCCAAAGCCAUAUAGGAAAUGUGCGUUCGGUGGGCUGCUAACAACUAUGUUCGAGGCUUUGCUUUUAUCACUCGAGUAUCAGAGUUUGUUCUUCCAGUCUAAGAUGAACAGUCAUCGUGGAGCACUUCUGGCCUUACAUGGUAUGUACUCCAUGAUGUGAUAUCAGGGUCCUACAAAGGCUUUCAAACAGUGGCUUCCCACACAGACUUGUUGCUUUAGCACUGAGCUUGUCAUCUGUCAUUGAAAUGAAAGCAAUCCCAGGAAAAGUGACAUAUUAAGCCAUAUUAGGGAUUUAUACAUUUAAACACCUAAUCUACAUUAGGAUUCUCAUUCCUUUCCCUGGGAAUAGGCUGUGAUGCAAGAAGGAGAAAACGGAACACAGAGUAACAGAGCAGGGAGCAAGAAUUCAGGUUCCAGAGGUGAAGACAUGUAAAUCACACUUCUUCUCCACCCGCUUCUGUUUAGGGUUCCAGUGACAGUGGAAUAGGACUUCUACUUAGGAAUUAUUUUCAAUACACAGUCACAUAGAGUGUAGUUUAUAGAUUCUAAAUUCAACACCUUAUAGGACAGGUUAAGGACUGUGACUUUACGUUGCUUCUCCUUCAUUACAGGACACUAAGGAGGCAGCUAGAAGAUCAAACUGCAUAGAAUAACAAAAGUUAAUUAUGCUAUCUAUUCUCUGCCCUGGUUCAGUUAAUCUUUGAGUUAACCUAGUUGUUCUCUAUUCUGUAUUUCCCCACCUCUAAACUAGUUGCCCAGUUACCCCAGCCCAUACACACCAUUAAGGAGCCUUUUGACUGCCAGGUGCUACUUAACCUGUGGGACACAUUUUUAGGUCUACCAGAUGUUUGGGGCCACAUUAAAAUACAAACAAGUCAGUCUGAGAAUUUCUAAUAUUGAUCUAAAUCUAGGAUUCCAUUCUAGCUUGGGGUUUCCAUAUUAUAUAGAAUCACAGGAUAUCUGAAUAUGUCCCAUCCUCACCCCAUUUCAGCCUCAUCAGUUCGAUCACACAGGGCCCCUGUGAAUUCUGUGACUUAUGGUAUGUCACUGUCUACACCCCUGACAAAGCCCCCUGCCAAAAAUAAUUCCUUAAAUGAAAGUCAAUGUUAUUUCUGUGCCUUGGAGAGAUUGGUGACAUUUGGGGCCUCGAGUUUACAAUACUGAAGCAAGGAAAAGGAAUUUUGCUCAGAGAGUGUUAACAUAGAAGUAACUGGGGGAAAGUGGGAAAAGUAAUCUUCCACAUCUCUCUGCCACUGUGUCCUUGUGUAUCCAUGUCAGAGCCGGUCACAGGGAGGCCCGGCACUGCUCUGUGCUUUAAAAUAUAAUCAUUGCUGGUGUGAUUAUGAGGGAAAGGCCUCCUGAUGAGAACUGGAGGUGGAAAGUGGACUGAGUAGAAUUCCUUGUAGUCGCAGGACUCUAGUGUGUAGCAUCUGUUUUGGGAAAGGUGAAUGGAACUCAGUGCAAGAAUUAAGGGUACGAUUAAAAAGCACAACACUAGGCCCAUUAUAAACUGUCACCCUAAAUAUUUAUUUUCCAUGCUUUAAACUUGAACUCUUUUUAUCUGUAAUUAUUUUAAUGUUGUGAUUUAGGAGAUGGAGCAGAAUCCAGUACUAUGCAGGGGAAAAAAAGCAAAAAGCUCUAUUGAAAUAUGUUAGUUCAAUUAAAUCAGUGUCUACUAAGUAUAUACUAUGUCACUGGGCUAGUACUGGGAUGGAUGUAAAAGGUUUUAAAUAGAGUAUAUUAUACUCAUAUAGAAUAUAUGAAUACAUAAGCAUAAAAUAUUUCAAUGUAUAUAAUAUUUGUCUGUGGACUAAAGAUUACACAUGCACGUUUAAUAUUUGCUGGUUUGGGGGUAUGAAUCAAAGAUAUUUAUUAUGUUAUUUUUAAAAAACACUACAGAGGUUCAACUCUCUACAUCACAGCCAAAUCUAGACCUCUUCUUCGGAACUGUUACAACUCCCAAAGCUAAAACUCUGAAAUUCCCUCCUGAUCAAGGGCUUGGACUUUUGACAUCUUAUCUACCUUCUUUCAAGCUCCUCUAUGGUCAAUCCAUAAACCCAUCUGGCUUCAUUGACCUCCCUCUUUGGCCACAGGAAGACACAAGUGGCCUUGUGUCCCCCAUGGCAUCUGUGCUCUUCCCAGCUUUCUCUUCUUCCUCCUGUUCUCUCACUGCUCUCUUUUGCUAUUUAAUGCUAUAUCCUCACCCCCAUCAUCCACCACAUCUCCAAGAAUAGGUCUUCAACUUUUGUGGGAGAGCACAAAUUCAAUUCAUGUAGUCUCACCUGCACCCCACCCACCUUGGACAUCUGUUUUAUUUCUGCUACGUUGACUGUGUCACAUUCUCUGUUUGUUAGACUUGGUUUAUUUUCCUUUUCUUUCUUUCAAUGGGCAAUAUUUCUUACUGUAUUACCAAGAGGAAGCAUCCCAUUUUGAAUGGUCACAUCACCUCUCUUCUCUGCCUUUCAGUGUCUCUUGUCCUUCUAUCUGUCCCAGUUUCCCUUCCCUGUGUUCUAAAUCCACCCCCUGACUUCUCUGAAGUGCACUCCAUCCAGCCAAUAGUACCUCUCUAUGCUGUGUCUUUAAUGCCUUGCACACACCUGCUUGCAACUAUCUCAGAAACCAAAUCCUACAAUUAUCUGUAAGGACAAAUCUCUUGACUCAAUUAGACUCAUGAAUUUCUGUCCUAUAUCUAUUUUCUCUGCACUUCCAAACUUCUCAGACAGACGUUCCUUUCUGUCUUCAUCACCUAGUUCUCCUGGAUUUUAUAAUGGGGCUGCAACCUAUUGUUUGGCAACAUUCCAAUGAGCUUCUUGUUACCAAGUCCAAUAGCUUGUUUUUUAUUUUCCCUGGUCUUUAUCCUCAGUGACAUGACCCUAGGCCAAUCGUGUCAAGACAGUGCAUUCUAGUCAUCUUAGCUCUCUCAUCCUCUCUGACCUCACUGCACCCUGCUUUUCCUUAGCAGUCACUUGCUAUGGUGACCUUGAUCCUCUCUACCUUAUCUGCAAACAAGCUCCCUGUCUUGCACAACUUGAUUAAUUCAGAAUGAAAAUUAAUUUUAAAUCUUUAUUCCUAGUCACUAUGUGCAGUUCAGUUUAGUGCGCACAUUUCCAAUCACCUCACUUCAUAUUGACUCAAAUACCCAAAACUAUCCCUGCAAGCCAACACAAUCAAGUUCCCCUUUUGGUUAAUGGGACCACCCUUCCUUCUGUCACCAAACUAAAGCUUGACCAGACCCCUGUGCCUCCUCCAUUUCUCUCCUUCUGCACAUCUAAUUAUUUGGAAAAGUCUGUUAAUUCUUAUCCCUAAAGUUUUUCAUCUCCCCUUUUCAUUCAGCCUCUUCCCUCUGGUCUGCAUUAUUGCAAUGUCUUAUAGCAGUCUUCCAAGAAUUUAUAUCUGAAUCUAUUCUUUCUAGUUUUCAUUUCCCAAAUACGAAUUAGAUCAUGUCAUCCUUCAACUCAAAAAAAUAAUCUUCAGUGGGCUUCACUUGCCACAUUCUCCCCAGAACCAUUACUUCUUGUAAUUUGCCCUGUGUGUGCUUCAUUCCAGGCAAGAAAAGUCAUGUGUUUAUGCUUUCAUUUUCCUAUAGCAUCUGGUUUUCUUACUUGUGUCUUUCUUUAAAUUAUUCCCUUUGCCCAAAACGCUGCUGUCCUCAUCUUCCAUCUCAUUCCCUUCUUGCAUAAUAUCCAUUCCAUCUAUAUAAAUCUCCAAAGACCAGAACAAGUAACCACCACAUCUAUUUUCCUUCAUGCUCUAUAAAUUAAAAAAUAGGCAUUUUUUGAAUGCUCAUAAUACUGACCAUCUUAUUUUAUAGUUAUUUAGUUACAUAUUCAUCUUCCCUGAUAGAACCUAAAUGGGAAAUAUAUUUAUUCAUCUUUUUAUCUCUUGUAACACCUGAGUGCCUUGUAUAUGAAAGUCACCACUAAAUAUUUGAUAUUAUCAUAGAUUAUAAUUGAAAAGGAGUCACUCUAUUUUGCCCACUGGAUACUUGAAUCUGAAGUAAAACUUAAGGAUGAGCACUCCCUUGUAUCUCUCUUUCUUUACACAAAAUCACAGCAGUGCACUGCAUGCAUACAUUUCCAUGCUGAUUAUUAUUUCCAAUGGGAAUUUAGAUUGCUCUAAAUUGAACUUUGUCCUUGGAAAUCAUUCUGUGGCUGUUUUGUGGUCAGUAGAGUGUAUUUGGAGAAAUCUACAUACAGAGACAAAGUGAGUGACAGAGAGAGAGAGAGAGAGAGAGAGAGAGAGAGAGAGAGACCCUGAAGCAUAUUGAUCAAAUCAAAUGCUAGGCAUCAGGAGCUAUUUAGAUGCCUUGAGUGGAGCUUGUACCCAGGCACUUCACUGCUGUGACUGAGUCUAACAAGCUGACCUAUACUUGGAUUGAUCUUUGUGUUUAAAAACCUUGUCACAAUUCAGGCUCACUAAUCACACAGCCUUCUGGCUCCCAAAUGGUGGUCUAACAGGACCAAUGUAUUUAUGACCAAGCACACGGGCACUUCCCAUAUGUGUAGUAACUGUGUCAGGUCAGGCUUCGGGAGCUGUUUGUAUUGCUCAUGACCUUGUCUUGAUAAUACUCUAUUUCUUUCCUGGACUCUGGAUUCUUACUCUCCCUUUAAUUUACAGGCGUCCUUCUCCCAAAGAGAAGAUGAGACCUGAGGUAAUGGAACAUUACCUCUGAUCUGCACAGUUCAAAUGAAAAUAAGUUGGGAUUUAAAGGAGCUGGUUGAGAGAGAAUUCUAGUCUCUAAACUCUUGCUUUGGAAAUAUGAAGGAAUCCAUUACCGUGAGUGAGAGAACAUCACUGCUGAUCUUAUAGCCCUCCUGUUCUUUCAGUCUCUGAGCCCUGCUCACCAUUCCCCUGGUCUUUGGGUUCUACAUAGUGGGUCUGAUCUAUUUGUUCUAGUUAGUAUCAGCUUCUGUUCACCUCUCUGAAGAAACUCACAGAGCUGGUACUGUCCUUUCACUUAAGCUGCUCUGGUAACUUAUCAUGUUUUUUUUCCUUCUCCUGGCCAGCCUUCUCUAUAAAUCUCAUUAUGUCAUUGGCCAUGAAUUAUUCUCCUUUGCGAAGCAUCUUCUGUCACUGUGUGCUAAUUUAAAGCAUACUAUAGAAAACUGAACUGAAAUAAGUUACAGGCGGUGACAAGUCUCUUUUUCAAAAAAGCAAACGAAGCCCAUUCUUCAUUGAGAUGGGAUGGGGGUAGAGAAAUUAUUAUUGGCAAGCUAGGGCAAAACUUGUGACAACUUGGGAGAUACCUAAUAAAAUUUAAAAUGUAAGUCUAGAUGGAUAUUUUUUUUUCAAAAGUCCAAUUAUGUCUAAUAGUCCCAAUCCUGAGAAUGAGGAUAGUUAACAUUUUAGAGCAAAAUAUAUUUCAUCAUACUGGAUUAUGAGGCUUUUUAAAAAAAAAACAAUGAAACAAAUAGUCUGGUAACAGCUAGCAGGAGGGUGCUAAGCAGCUAUUCUCCAAAUAAAGACAUUCAUGAAUCUCUGUUGGACCAAAAUCUCAUGCAGUUUUAUCCAUGAAGUAUUUAUGUCUGGUUUUUGCCUGUGAGUACCUGUAAUAGAUAAGGGAACAUAGGAGGAAGGGAAAAACAGGAAGUAUGCAAUGAAGCCUCUUCUCAUGUCCAAAUAAAGCUGAGAGCUCAUUGGUUACUGGCUUAGGUGACAGCUUCAGAAAGUAGAAAACUCCCAAAGAGCAAGGCCCACAGCUGAUGGCAUCCAGAUAUCCAUUCCUGCAGUCACUUCCAAGGCGCCAAAAGCACUUUCUGAGAGCCACCUUCACUCCCACUUGUGGAGUGUAGCUUGCUUGAUCCAAUCCUAAAAGUUGCAGGGAAAAUAACAGCUUCCCAGGACAGUGUCCAGAAAGAACUGUGCCCACCUUGUGAAAGUAAGGGUGUGACUCCAACCGAAUCUGUGAGGUCUCUGCUGUUUGCAAGGCAUCUGGCCACAGCUUUUCUCUGAGUCCGUAUCCAGGCUCUUUGGUGACAGCACAAAGAGCCCUUGAUCCUUACCUUGGGAAGAGAGGGAGGGACACACUCCACCUCUCGUCCCUACAGAGUCUGAGCUACCAGUCAUAACUCUACCUACACAUCCUUUUGCAGGAAGAGAAUUGAAGUUCAUGAGCUCUGAUGGGAGUGGGGCUUUGGAGGAUGUGACCACAGGAAUAGGAAUGUACCGAGAUGCUUGCCUUUCUUAGAUAAGGAUAUUACCUGUUUCCAAAAGGAAUGUUUUUUCUAAAAAAUAAUAAUAAUGCCUGCCUGAAACCUCAGUCCUAUUCAGAGUGAUCUAUGUAGUUAACUGCCAUUGUUACAUUCGGAUUAUCAUUGAUCAUUUCUUUUGAAAUCAUGGCUAUUGUAGUGUUCCCCUUCCAGGUGACACAAGAGACACCUGCAGAUGAGUGAUGAGGCCUCCCUGUUGCCUCUGGCUGAGGUACGCUCUCAGCAACUUAUUAAUUGCUUCCAUCUAUUCACCAAUACAGCCCAACUGCACCUAAUUAGAUGGUCCCUUCGCCAUGAACAUUCUAAGGUUUUCAUACCUUCUCAUCACACACACACACACACACACACACACACACACACACAAUCCUAACUACAUCCCAAUUGCUAAUAUCACUUUAUGAGUAAUAAAAAUAUUUAAUGAGUACUUUAUGGGCAGGCAUAUUAUAAUUUAUCUGGUAUUUUCUCUCCUCCUCUACCUAGCUGUGGAUCGCUGACAUCUCAAGGUCUGACAGAAAUAUGCAGGCUUUACCUGAAGGGAGCACAUUCUUUGUAUUGGAAUGACCUGGUUACCGUGCCAACUGUCUUAUCUUACCCUUGGAAUCCAUGCAGUCUUUUGAUGUCCCAUUAGCGGAUCAGUGCUAAGAUGGUGGAGAGGCAGAAGCCAGUCUCUCUGAGAACAGACAGUCCUGUUGCUUAGAUACUUUCAUAACACGUGUAUCCAUAUCUGCUCUUUGAAGCAACAUGAGCGAAGUAGAGAGGUCUGUUCUUGGUCGUGACAGGAAUGGGGAUGAGUGUCUUGUGAGAUUGGUAAUUUGUGCAUUCUACUUCUCUCAGGGUCAAGAAGAGGGAAAGUGGCAAGACUUCAUGUAGGAAGGAAAGGGGGAGGGUAAAGAGGCAAACAGAACUUUUCUUGAGAAAAAUAUAAAAUAGUUAAAAAUACUUCUUUUUUGAUUAUGAAUACAAUUGGAAGUCCACCAGGGCACUUAUAGCUGUGUUUUCCAUCAUUACCUUUUCAUUUCUUGCAUUCUCUUCUCUUUCUCAGUGUAUAGAUCUCGGGGUAUUUUUGUAUCCAGUUAGCUCCAAGUAACACACACACACACACACACACACACACACACACACUCAAUAUUAGGAUGAGAAAUUGAGAAACCACAGAGUUUAAAUGUGCACACAGUAUUUAAUGUUUCCAAAUCAGAGCCCAGUCAAUCAAUUCUAGUGUAUUUUAACAACCAAGAUGGAGCCUGCUAUACAUAGCUGGACACCUUGGGCCAUAGAAAAGAGAGUUAUUUUAUUACAAGAUUAUUCCUGAGGCUUCUGGGCACUUUCAAUGGUCAGAGCAUUUACUUCGGUUACUUCCUAAGAGCAAGCAAAAGACAUGGAUCACAAACAACAGUGAAGGGCCAUUUCUUAAGAAUUCUUAACCUCAUUCUCAUGUUACAAAGCUGUGACAUUUUCUAGCCUGGCUCAGCCUGCCCUCCUUGGAGAAGGAGGGAGUUUCUAAGAUCACCAGCAGCCUCCUGAGGCCACUGCCAUCACUAGCCUGUGGCAUAUUCUGAGUAAAUUAAAAUACAGUGGUACCUCAGUUCACGAACUUAAUUCUCUCCAUGAUUCUGGUUGCAGAAUUUGUUCCAUGAUUCUGGUUGCAACCAAAUUAAUCCUUGAAUGAAUUCUGUGACCAGAAUUAUGGAAAGAAUUAAGUUCAUGAACCAAGGUACCACUCUAGCUGGUACGUAGAUAUGGGAGAAUUGACCAUCAUCAUUUUUCCAAAUGGCCUCCUUUGACAUGGAAAUAUGAUGGUUUUUAAUUUUAUACAUGAAAAGGUUUCAGGUCAGAAAAAUUAGAUAAGUAAAAAAAGUUAUAUUGAAAAUUCUUGCCAGAAUCAUAACUUGUUGGAAAUUUUAACUCUCAGUCCAAAACAAGAAGUAAUGUUGCCGGAAUUGUGUACCAACCUAAGUUUUCAACAUGGAAAAAUUUAUGAAACCCAGGCAGCUUAUUUAGCCAAAUCUUUUAAAUAUUUUUUUCAUGGAUUUCCUUCCCCCUACAUACACACAUGCACACACACACACGCACACACCAUAUGAAUCAAGAGACCAGUCAAAAAGGGCAAUAAGAAAGCAAAAAAUUUGAAACCAGAAAGGAAAGUUUUCUGUAAUGAAGAAAAGUGGCAGUUUAAAUAAAAUCAUUUGCAUUUUGUGGAGUAAGACAUUGUGAAUAAUUUUUUAUCAUUAAAAUUUUUUAUGUAGCAUGUAAACCACACAAAUAAAAAGCUCAAGAAAAAUCUGAGACAGAGGGUCUUUUUUGCAGGAUGUUACUUGGGGCCAGAAACUCCAGGGAUGUGUUCAGGGCAGUUAGGACACUGGCAGUGUCAGUUUGGAUCAGCCCAUGGCGAGCCAGGCUACCUCAAGGGAGAACUUCUUAGAUUCUUCUACAUACCUCCAUGUCAUUUAGUCAAGUUGAAAUAGAGCAAGCUUGCUUCCAAUGUUAAAGUAUGAAUAGAUUCUGGAAACAUAAGCAGAAAUAACAGGAAGUUCAGAUACACAAUGAACUUCCAAAGGAAGGACCUAUACCCCCCAGACCCAUAAUAAAUAAUUAUUUGCCACCUAAAUCGUGAAGGAAACACGAACAUUCCAAAGAUCUGCUGAGAAUACUUGUAAUACCUUAAUUUUGCCCCAAAAUUGUAAUGGUAAAUUCUUUAAUCAUUGUAGACCAGGAAAUCCUGCAGCUACCACCUGAGGGUUUAUCCAAUCCACCCUGCACUCAUGUAUGGCUAACAGGAAACAUUCCAUCUUUCCAAAAAGGGAGUAUCUUUCGUUCGUGCCACAGAACAAAUUUUGGUCCAUUCACAGAGGAUUCUGCUUAUAUCAAGAACAAUGAAAAGAGGAUCUUAGCUUAAUGUUGGUUUGGGUUUUCUGUUUCUUUGUUUUGUUUUUUGGUCACUUUGUCGCCAUUUUGGACCUAGAUGAAAGGCAAGGGAAGAAGUGAGAAGGUGGAAAAUCCCUUUUAUCCCGUCACUUUUACAGUGCAGGAGUUCCCAGGCCCUGACCCAGGCCCUGAUUUCAGGAGAGGACAUGGGCAGAGGGAGGAGGUGACUGAGCCCCAUGCAUGGGGGAAGAGGGGAUAGGCACCCGAAUCUUCCUCAAGCUCAAAGUUGAGAGUCAAGCCAACUGCAAAUAUCAUUUCUCUCCUGCCCCUUUGCCUCCACUAUCAUAAUAGAGGAGCUGGGAUUUAGCUCAGUGGUUCUGGUGCCUGCUUUGCAAGUGCAAGGUCCCGAGUUCGAUCCCCGGUACCAAAAAAAACAAAACAAAAAGAGGGACGUAUUAUUCUACUUUGACACCAUGGUGACUACAUCUUUCUUAUGAAUACCAUUACAGAUAACUGAAUCGUGAAGCUUCUUAAUGACAAGUAACAAGGCCACCUGCUGAUGAAUGUAUGGAACGUCUUAUUCCCUGGAGAUGACCCAUGUGUUUCUUGUGUUACAGCUAUAUUCAUGUGCAGUGCAAGGAAAUAAGAUUCAUAGGGAAGCCAGGCAUGGUGGCACAAGCCUGUGAAAUCACCGCUCUGGGAGGCUGAGACAGGAAGAUCACAAGGUCUUGCCCAGCCUGGUAAACUUAGCAACUUGGUGAGAACCUGUCUCAAAAAAUAAAAGAAAUAAAAAUAAAGAGCUGGAGAUGUGUCUGAGAGUGAAGGCCCUGGGUUCAAUCCCCAGUACUGCAAAAACAAACAAUUUGUAUAGCUCCUAAGAGAAUGAACAGAGAAUUGUUUAAUUGAAACCACAAAGCUCUUGUGCUUAGUAUUAGAUUUUAAAGUAGAAAUGAAAAAGAUAACCUCUAACCCUACCUGCCAAGAGUACAGCUCAGGGAAGCAUUAUGGAAGAAGUUUUAUAAAGAAAAUCCAUACCAGUAUCUCCUAUUUUAAGUAGAUAUUAAUGGGUCUGGGUGCUAUGGAAAAGCAGAAAAAAACAUCAAUUUUAAAGACUAGGGCUCUCUCUGAAGCAGUUGCAACCACAUCAGCUUAAACUCCCCACUGACUUUGUGGGAAGAAUGUAAUUCCCCUGAUAUUAUUAUGGUUUUCUUUCUUCCCUUUGGUCAUUAGUACCUGGGCAGCUCACACCCCUCUUUCCUUCUGUAGCUUAAAUGAAAGAAUAAUAUGUAUAACCCUGUUUGUAUAAAGCCUAUUGGAUGAAGCCAGAUAUCUGGAUGGAGUUUACAAAAUGAACAAGGAACUCUUAUCCCAGAGUUUCAACAAUGUGUCUCUGAUGAGAAGUCUCCUGGGGAAACUUAAAUGCCCAGUAGCUUGUAACCUGAUCAAGAAAGUUGAUGGGUUUAUGAUCUUUACCAGCUCAAUUGAGCUUUGACUUUCUUUCAAUGAAAUAAGCCUAACAUCACUGUUCUCUUCAAUAUCUUCUGCUCACCAAUAUGCUAGAGCUGCUUCUAUCUCCAGGGAGAUGAAUUAGACCAAGAACAAAAUUCCUAUCUUCUGGGCCAGUUACAAUUGUUCUCUGCUUUCCUUUUUUCUUUCUUUUCCAUUACUACAUGGUGAAGAAAUCUACCUGAUUAUCACCAAACAUCCUAGUGGCAAACUCUGGAAUGCAAAUUCAUGAAGAAUGAGUACAGUCAGCAUGUUCCAUUUCAUCCCGAUAGUCUUUGGGAAUUGUACUCUCUGUUCGGAGACCACCUGUUCUUUGAGGCAUUUUCCUCUCCUGGAAGCCACGAUUGCAAGAUGAAUUUCAGUGGUUGGUACAGGACAGAAGGCUAUCUAAGCAGGAAAGUGUCCAAAAUACCUAUGUGUUUAGCCAUUCCAAACUGGGUCUAAUAGUUGAGAAGAGCUUUCCACAUUUCUUUCAUGGAAAUUCUUCCUCACCUCCCAGGCUCUUGGCAGUUUUCCUGGUUCCCCUUCUUAGCUUUGCUUCCUGUCCCCACCUUCUCCGCCUAUUAUGGGUGAGUAUAUUCCUUAAACUGAAUUUUUAUCUAAACUAUUAUAUUGUUAAAAAAAAGGAUCAUGAUAAUUUCUCAUGGUUUUUUCCUUACUUUUUUUUAACUGGGAAAGAUGGCUGGAGAAGGAAAAACUAAUAAGUAAACAAACAGGACCUUGUUCCCAGAUGCUCCAACUCAAGGUCAAGUGCUGAGAUAGUAAGUGUCCUCCAAUGAGAGCGCAUGGUUCUGCUCAAGGAGAAAGGUGUGCUCUGGAAUAUUAAGCAACAUCUGUGAGAGUGUGCACAACAGCUUUGGUCAAGAUGUCUGUUGUGCCUGUGGAAGCAUUUCUGCUCUCUCUCUCUCCCUCCUUCUCUCUCUCUCUCUCUCUCUCUCUCUCUCUCUCUCUGGGUUUUCAAGAUGCACAGGUUUUACUUGGAGUAUAGUGGUGACUGAACACUAUCCUUGACUCUCCUUGGUCCUAGGGUCAUAAGAAGCAAGUGUUUCUAAACAUCUCAGGCCAUGAGUCAUUUCGUGUUACUUUUUUAACCAUUAAUGGAAUGUACCUUCUCGAAUGAGAAAGAGAAAUUAGAAUGGGAAAUAGAUUCAGUGACAAGCAGGCAUAAAGCUUUAUUCUAAAAUAUGCUCUUUCUUCACUGAGGUGAGAAAUACCUAGAAACAAACAAGGAGGGGUUGGAGGUAAAGAAACAAUAAUGCUCACAUCCAGGUGCUCUGAGUUACCCCUAGAAAGUUUGUCCCUACCUAUAGGGUCUGGCAGGAGAAACUGUGCUGCCAUUGACUGCUCCAAAAUGAUGACAGACUAACUUUAGAGAGAGGCAUAGGCUUUCUUCCAGGAAGACUGAUAAGUAAUGCAGCUUGACUCUUCAAAAAACCCAUCCACUAAACCUUUAGGGCAGCUUCUCUUAAAUGAUUUCCAUUCUCCAGUCAAAAAAUAUUCAGAUAGAAGAGCCGCAUACUCACUGUGAUUACAUUUACUUAAUUGGAGAAGCCAAAGGGCACUGAGAGAACAGAAUACAGCAUAUCAGGAAAUAGAGUUGCAUUAGUUGAAACCUUUUUUUGGGUACAAAUUUGAAAUGAUUUCGGAUUACAAAGUUAGGUCACCUCUGAGAGAGAAAAUCCUUUAAAUAAAAUUAUAUCUUCCCAUCUCCAGUGAAAACACUGGGUUUCUAAUCUGAUUACUGUUUACUUCAGGAAAGGAAAUUGGUAGGUUUGAUUACAAAUAAACAUUUACAGAUUGAUUUAAUCCAAAGCCUUACACAUAUCAACAUGGACUUUACUGGCUCAGACAUGAUCUUUUAAGCUAUGAAAUACCGUUAAUGGGUGGUAGAUGGUAUGUUCUUAGCAAAUUAGGAAGACUAAAACAUUAACUAACCAGUUCAGAUAUUGAGUCCAAUUCCACUGUAGCCAUAAGGGAUUUGGGAGGAAAGCAACAAAGGAGAAAAGGGACAGGUACCAACUGCUUAAGGAGAGUCUUAAACAUUUAAAAAAAUGAUAAUAAACUCAAAGACAAUGUUCACAUAAGAAAAGGAGCGUGGCAAGUGAGCUCUGUCCUUGCCAUUUAGAAAUUUGGUUAAAGAACUCAACCAGGUUGUUUCUUUGCUUUGGGGGAUUUUGGUUGCUUGGGUUUUGUUUAGUUUUUGAAUUUUGCUGUUUUGCUUUUUUGUUUAGUGUUACUCUUACCCUUACUUUGGAGGGAUUAGGCCUGUGGUUUCAGAGCCUGUUUGGAAAGAUGACUUAAUCCAUGCAAGGAUAUGAAUUGAAUGAAAGCUCCAUGCCAGUUUGCUCUAGGUGCUGGGGUACAAGUGUAUAAAGAUGGUGUUUGAAGCCAUGAGACUGGAUCUAAGAAAUUAAUGCAGGUGGAAGAGAAUUCCCAUAUUGAACCCUGGGAACAGUCAGAGCCCCAGAGAUGAAUCAACUGGCAACAGUGAGUGAAUAGCACCCCCAGGAAACAUGGAUCUCAUUCCACUGGUGACCUGGAAGACAGUGUGUAGGGGACUGUGGGUAAAAAACAUAACAAGGAUGGUUCAAAGGAGAGUUUCAGGAGAGGAAGUGGUGCCAACAUGAAUAGACAAUUCUUUUUAGGAUCUCUGUUGUAAAGAGGACACAGAGAUAGCAAUGGAGGAUUACGCAGGGUUCAAGAAAUAUUUUUAAAAUGGGAUAAAUAGCCCAUUUUAUGCUGUCCAGCACGAUACAGUAGAGAUGGAAGAUAAUUUUUAGAGAGAGGGAACAAUUGCUGGAGUAAUGUCUUUGAUGAGGUCAAAUGGGGUUGGAUCCAAUGCACAAAUGAAGAGACUGGCUUUAGAAGCCCAACUAGGUGUUUUUCAGUAAUAGAUGAGAGAUGCUGUAAUUGGGCAAGUAGGUUGAUAAAUGUGGAAGUAUGCUUUUCUGAUUGAUGACAUUUUCAGUGGUGAACUAAUGGAAUUCGUGAGCUAAGAAUGAGUAUUAGGGUAAGUCCUGGAGCUUUAAGAAGAGAAACAGCAAUGAAUUAGGCAUAUUACCAUCUAGCAGGAAGAAUGGAGUUAUGAAAAAAUGUAGGAAGCAUGCUUGAGGUUCGUAGCCUUGAGUUUUAAGAAAUUUAAGAAGUAUUCUUCCAUCAAAUUCUGCUUAGACAGCAAGUUAGGUUUCAGGUUUGGGUUUAAACAAGUGAAUGCAGUGAAAGCAGUUGGAGAUAGGGAGUUAAGAGCAAGUGCGAUGUAACAAUGAUCAUGAUUAGCCACGGAGUCUAAGCAGGAUGAGGAGGAAAGUGAGGAGUUUUUUAAAAUGUGAAAUAUUGAAGAAGGCUGGGGGCCAGAGACUGCAAUAAAGGCAGAGGUUACCAAAUUAUUGAGUCAGAGUCCCAGAAAGAGUAAUCUAGAAAUUAGGAGCUGAGUCUGAGGCCGGUUGCAUGGAGUUAGGAUGGUGGAGGAGUUGAGGUUACUAAGAGAGAAGUGCUUUGGGGUCUCUUGUGGUGGUGGUGGGCUGAGUAAGGGAGGAAAAAGUUAUGGAAGGAGCAGAGUUCAAGGAACUGAGAGGCCAAGAUAUGGGAAGGAUUGUUUACAUAGAUAUUGCAGUCAACAAAAAUGCUGACUUGUGCAUGAUAUGGGUGUAUAUUACGACAGGACUUAGGGAGAGAAAUUCAAGAAUAUUUUAACUCUUGCAUUAAGUAAGGAAGAACAGCUAAUAUCAUCUGAUGUGUUUCCAGGUGGAUUUUAUUGUUCAUGUGUGGUUUUUAAGGAAGAGGAUGGGAAGACAGUCUGGAAGUGACAGUGAUGAACAAGGAAGGGACCCAUUCCAUCUGCAGGCCUAAUGCUGUGAAAAAUGUGUGAGGGCAGAUGCCUAAUACUCAAGAUGGCUUCAGGGACCCCAGGGAGGGGUCAGGAGGGUGGAAGAAAAUCAGGGUGUGUGACUGAUGGCAAACCAUGGAAAGGAUUUGAGGAGUCAGUAAGGGAUGGGAAACACGCUCAGAUGGGGGAUGUAUUUGGGCACUUGAAAAUGAAAGUCUAAGUGAUAUAAGAAAUUCAACUGACCUGGGCUUCUCAUGUGCUAAGCAAGGCUCAUGGUUAGUCCAGGCUGGUUCUGAAGGACUUUGUCUGACUGAGGUGGGAAGGCUGCAAAGCACUGGGGGUAGGGCUCUACCAGCAGCAUGAGGAACUCUCGUGCCUCAUCGUCCAUGUGAUGUUUGCUUUUCCAUCAGAAGCACCACUGCCAUCUGUGAUAGGUGAGCUACCACAAAUGUUUAUAAAUGUUAUUAAGUGUAGUCCUGCACUGUGUUUUGAUUAUUUAUCCUGGAAAGAACAUAUUUUCACAGUAAAUCUUGCCUUUUCUAUUUUAAAGGUUUCUGCCUAAGUUGGUCUCUAUGGAGGAAUUUUAAUUCUUUGUUCUUACUUACCUUACUCGUUGUUUAUCUUUGGAAAAAACCUAAAGGACUGAAAAGCAGCUUAGCCUCUACCCAAUUCUGUGAAAUGAAAGGUUCUUCUGACUGGUCAUUUUUAUUUAGUAUUUUCUUUUGUGUGAGAGAGGAACAGUGAGACAGGAGCAAUAGAAAAUUAAAGUCUUCAAACCUUUAGGGUGAGAAUUUUGGAAGAUCAGGAGAGGGUUUAGGAAAGAAAGGAUUUUGAGUGUAGCCACAUGAAAGGGAACAAACGAGGACUUUGGGGAAACUCCUGGAAAAAAAUAAGAAAUUUGGCCAAGGGAGGUAAGGAAAAAAAUGUCCACUGUGUAGGCAUUUGGAGAUUUAGUGAGAGCAAACUAGAGUCCACCCCCAGGAGCACUUCACACACUUCUGACAUAGAUGAUGAGCUGAUUCUGCUUUAUUUUGUGUGCUCUUAAAAAUUGUAAUUUGCAAAGAGACAAAACCUGUUCAGCCAUUUCUCAUGGACUAGGCCCCUGAACCCCAUAGAAUCUUGAACAGAGCACGAAAGAGAUCACAACAUGGCUGCUGGUGGUUCUCUGCCCAACUCCACCCCCCUGCAGUGUGGUUACGUCCUGCCUGGCAUUUUCCCCCAAAGAUUAGCUGGUGUUCAUUCAGGCACAUCUAAUGCCUUCUCUUGAGCUCCUGUGUUGGAAGCGUAUUACAACCAACUCAAGGGCUUAUAUGCUUUAUGCACCGAGGACCAAGCGAAGUCCAUUUAGGAAGGCAGAGGGAAGCAAAGGAAGCCAGAGAUGGUUUUGUCAUGACCCACCUUUGCUUUCUGACCUGCAGGAACCCAACCUUUUGCAAAAGUGAGCAGAAAACAACAUGGUGUCUAUUUACUCUACCUGGUACUUACCUUGCUUCAAGCUGUCUCCCACUGGGCUAAUUAGGCACAACUGUUAGUUAAGAAAAUUUGUGUGAAGUAGAGGCAAAAUUGAUAGAGGAGAGGGAAUCUUCAUCAGAGCUAUGUUACCCAAUGACCAUUCCAGCAUUCAUACUUCCAAGUAGCCCUGAUGUUCAUGGAUACUUGUCAGUGAGCUAGCUGGCAUAUGACAAUAGAUAUCAGAGAAGAGACAGGAGGGGUCAAGGAGAUCUUGUCCCCAGGGCAAUCUCUUUUCCUCCACUUGACAGGAGCCAGUGCUCCCUCAUGACAACACUUAGCCACAAUGGCUGGUGCACAGGUGGGUGUGCGCCUGUGUGCAUGCAUGUGUGUGAGUGAGGGGGUGAGGAUGGAAAGAAAAAACACAUCCACAGUGGGUUGGGUUGCACUGGCUAAGCCACACCCUCCCAAAGUCAUAUAGUGGAGGGGAAAUGGUCACAGCUUUCCCCCCAUGGAGCCCCCCUGCCCAGGGAAAGUGCAGACGACUCAGGCUUGCCUUGACUCUGUGAGGCCCCGAGCCCACCCUCCUCCCCGGGGCUGGCUCGCCUUCCUCUUGACUCAGAUCUCCAGCCCAUCCACCUCUAAGUUCUUUUUUUGUUUGUUUUGUUUUUUGUUUUAUGUAAAUAUAUAUUUCUUAUUUUAGACAUGCAGGGAUCAAUUGAGAUUCUGGAGUGGGGGGAGGGGUGGAUGACUGGGUCUUUUAAUUUUUUCCUUUCUCUCUUGGAUUUUGGUGUUUGAACUUAAAAAAAAUACUUACAAGUAUAUAUAUAAGCAAAUGACUUACCUUUAAAAAAAGAAAUAAGUUGAUUUCAUUCUUUUGAUUUAUCUUGUUUCUCAUUGGGAUUGGGUGGGGGUGGGGGGUCUUUUGGGUGGAGGGCUUUUUUGUGAGAUGUAUAGAUUUCCAGUUUGGACUUGUUCAAAUGAUGCAGGAACAAAAAUUAAAAUGAAUUAAAAAAAAAGACAACAUAAAAACAAGAAAAACUUUGUGAUGUAUAAAAGCUGUAAAUAGUCAAAGAUUCUUUCUCUUUUCUAAUGGCAAAUUAUUUCUGUCACUUUAUAUUCAAAAAAUAAAGAAACCUACCACAAAUUAUCAGGGUAAAAAA